CGGAGGAGGAGGGAGAGAGAGGAGAGAGAGGAGAGAGAGAGAAGAGAGAGAGAGAGAGAGAGGAGGAGGGAGAGAGAUAGAGAGAGAGAGAGAGAGAGAGAGAGAGAGAGAGAGAGAGAGAGGAGAGAGAGAGAGAGAGAGAGAGAGAGAGAA